CUGGAUAAAGAAAGACUAGGUCAGCCAUGUGGAUGCGUCUGUUGAACAGCUGAAGAGGAGGAGGGGGGGGUUAUACAGAAAGAGAUAAAGAAUUGAAUUGAAAUUGAACGUGGUGUGUGUGCAUAUGAAAGAAAGCGCGAGGAGAAGAGAGAGAGAGAGCGUGAGUGUGAGCGCGCGCGCGCGCGAGUGUGAAAAAGGAAGCGGAGUCUGUAAACGGCGAACUCACUGAUUUCCUACCCUCCACACAAACUACCGCACUGUAUCAAGCUUUACUUCUCCGAGAGCGUCAAAAGCUUUCGGAGUUGUCACACGGCUGAAGGAGGGGGAACCGCGUGCGUUCAGAAAAGAGUCCCCGGGGCGGUGUGAAUGCGAAUAAAUUAGUAAAGCGAGGUCGUCUUUUGUUGAGGCAUUUGCCUCGUUUCUCCUCUGCAUGGACAUCGGCGCGCUCUGGAUAAAGUAUACGCGUGAUUGUUCAGACCUCGGGUUCUUGGAUUUUGGCCCAGGCCGAGAAGUUCGGCAGGGUCAGUUCGAAGGGAACAGACGUAAAAUUGUGUUUUGAAGUUGUUUGCAGCAGCCCGAUUGGAACUUAGAUCAUCAUACUGGCGGCUCUUCUGAAACACUGGGGUUGUUGGUGUGGCCAAAUUUUCCCUGGAUUUGAUUGGUAAAUUCAGAAGACUGAAGCCCAGGCUCACAGUCUACCUUUCACGGAGGCCCAGCCGUGAGAGGACAGAAGAAGGCACGUGGCGUAUCAUGACUGCCGACAAAGAGAAGGAUAAGGAGAGGGAGCGCGACCGGGAUCGGGACAGAGACAGGGAGAAGCGGGACAAAACACGUGAGAGUGAAAGCUCGCGGCCCCGGCGCAGUUGCACGCUGGAGGGCGGGGCUAAGAACUAUGCAGAGAGCGAACACAGUGAGGAUGAUGACAACGAGACGCCUGGGGCCGGCACCGCCGAGGAGGCCACAAAGAAAAGCAAAAAGAAGUUGCCCAAGAAGAAGUCGCGUUAUGAGCGAACGGAUACCGGCGAGAUCACUUCUUUUAUUACGGAGGACGAAAUUGUUUACAGACCUGGCGAUUGUGUGUACAUAGAAAGCCGACGGCCGAACACGCCCUACUUCAUCUGUAGCAUUCAGGACUUUAAGCUGAGUAAACGGGACCAUCUGUUAAUGAAUGUGAAAUGGUACUACCGCCAGUCUGAGGUACCCGACUCUGUCUACCAGCACCUGGUGCAGGACCGCAACAAUGAGAACGACUCUGGUCGGGAGCUGGUUAUUACUGAUCCCGUGGUUAAGAGCAGAGAGCUUUUCAUCUCCGACUAUGUGGACACCUAUCAUGCUGCUGCCCUCAGGGGGAAAUGUAACAUUUUACACUUCUCUGACAUAUUUGCUGCCAGGGAGUUCAAAGCACGAAUCGACUCUUUCUUCUACAUCUUAGGAUAUAACCCAGAAACUAGGCGAUUAAACAGUACACAAGGGGAGAUUCGAGUUGGUCCUAGUCACCAGGCCAAGCUGCCAGAGCUCCAGCCCUUUCCCUCUCCUGGAGGUCCGAUGGUGACUGAAAAUGAGGAGCUGGUCUGGAUGCCUGGGGUCAACGACUGUGAUCUGCUCAUGUACCUGCGAGCAGCCAGGAGCAUGGCAGCUUUUGCAGGUAUGUGCGAUGGGGGGUCAACAGAGGACGGCUGCCUCGCCGCCUCACGAGACGACACUACACUUAACGCAUUAAACACUCUUCAUGAGAGUAGCUAUGAUGCCGGGAAAGCCUUGCAGCGGCUGGUGAAGAAACCAGUGCCCAAGCUGAUUGAAAAGUGCUGGUCAGAGGAUGAAGUGAAACGGUUCAUUAAAGGUUUAAGGCAGUACGGAAAGAACUUUUUCAGGAUUCGGAAAGAAUUGCUCCCUUGCAAGGAAACGGGGGAGUUGAUCACCUUUUACUAUUAUUGGAAGAAAACCCCAGAGGCUGCUAGUUGCAGAGCCCACCGCAGGCACCGCAGACAACCUGUCUUCCGCCGGAUCAAGACCCGCACCGCCUCCACGCCCGUCAGCACUCCCUCCCGCCCACCUUCCAGCGAGUUUUUGGACUUGAGUUCAGCCAGCGAAGAUGAUUUUGACAGUGAAGACAGCGAGCAGGAACUGAAGGGCUACGCCUGCCGCCACUGUUUUACUACAACCUCCAAGGACUGGCACCACGGGGGUCGCGAAAAUAUCCUGCUGUGCACUGACUGCCGGAUUCAUUUUAAGAAGUACGGUGAGCUACCCCCGAUUGAGAAGCCUUUGGACCCACCACCGUUUAUGUUUAAACCUGUCAAAGAGGAAGACGAUGGAAUCAGUGGGAAGCAUAGCAUGAGGACUCGACGAACCCGCGGCUCAAUGUCAACGCUACGAAGUGGCCGCAAGAAGCAACCCGCCAGCCCAGAUGGCAGAGCCUCACCAACCAAUGAGGAUCUGCGCUCCAGUGGGAGGACCUCACCAAGUGCAGCCAGCACCUCCAGCACUGACAGCAAGACUGACUCAAUGAAGAAACCCAGCAAGAAGAUAAAGGAAGAGGCGCAAUCGCCUAUGAAGAGUGCCAAACGUCAGAGAGAGAAAGGAGCAUCGGACACAGAGGAGUCUGAGAGGGCAAGUGUAAAGAAGUCUAAAACACAGGAGCUGAGUCGGCCAGACUCGCCCUCGGAGCGAGGGAGAGGGCGAGGGUGAGGGGAGAGCUCAGAUGGUCGCAGCGUCAAUGAUGAUGGCAGCAGUGAUCCUAAGGACAUUGACCAGGACAACCGCAGCUCCUCUCCCAGCAUCCCCAGUCCAUGUGACAACGAAAGCGACUCCGACUCCUCUGCACAGCAGCAGGUCCUCCAGGGCCAGCACCCUCCAGUCAUCCAGUGCCAGACAGGGGCUCUACCCCUGGCCCCUCCCACCUCGGCUUCAGCCUCCACAACCCCCACCUCAGGCACCCCUUUACUGCCCUCCCAGUCAUCCCCUUCCAUCCCCCCUACCUCCAUGCCACCUCUGCAAAUACCUUCAGCAGGUCCGCUUUCUCUCAUCCAGUCUGGGGCACAGAGGCUGCCCUCACCACACUCUCCCCUCCAGGGCAUGCCUCAGCCCCCACCACCCUCUCAAACCGGCCCUCAGUGCCUGCAGCCACCACUACAUGGCCCCAUGUUGCCCAUGGGCCACCCAUUGCAGGCAGGGCCAUCACACAUGCCUCACCCUCACACAUUACCCCCUCAGUCUUUCCCAAUGGGUCAGUCUCAGGUCCCCCCUUCACCUCUCUUGGGUCAGGCACAGGUCUCCACCCUCUUGCAACAACAGCAGCGACCUCACACCCCUCCUUCCCAGUCUCAGUCCUCUUCGCAAAGCGGCAGCCAGCCUCCCAGAGAGCAGCCUUUACAGCCUGCACCAUUGCCAAUGCCCCACAUCAAACCACCUCCUACUACCCCUAUCCCACAGAUGCCAAACCCUCAAUCACACAAGCAUCCUACCCACCCCCCAUUCCCACAGAUGCCUUCAAACUUGCCCCCUCCACCAGCUUUGAAGCCCCUCAGCUCUCUAUCCACACACCAUCCUCCCUCCGCCCAUCCGCCUCCACUGCAACUCAUGUCGCAAAGCCAGCAGCUCCAAUCUCCACCAGUGCAACCUCCAGUGCUCACCCAGUCUCAAAACCUGCUGGCUACAGGAAGCCAAGCACCUCCUCCGGCUCCCCCUCUUCCUUCGUCAUCAUCAUCUGCCUCUCACUCUAUGCCUUCUCAACCCCCCUUCCCUCCUCACCCCUUCAUCCCUAGCAGCUCACCUGUCCUGUCACCCUCCACUGUCCCCUCUUCUGUGGUGGGCACCAUGGCCACACUGCAGCAGCAGCCGUCAUCCUCUAUAUCCAUGCCCUUGCCUGCAUCGGUCAGUGCGCCUUGCCCGGGACCCUCCACUGUGCCACCUGUUCAGAUUAAAGAAGAGCCUCUGGAUGAGGCAGAGGAGCCAGAGAGUCCUCCACCUCCUCAGAGAAGUCCUUCACCUCCACCCACGAUUGUCAACACUCCCAGCCACGCCAGCCAGUCAGCACGGUUUUACAAGCAUCUGGACAGAGGUUACAACACAUGUGCCAGAACAGACUUCUAUUUCACACCUCUGGCCUCAUCAAAACUGGCAAAGAAACGGGAGGAGGUGCUGGAGAAAGCCAAGAGGGAAGCAGAGCAGAAAGCAAGAGAAGAGAAAGAGAAGGAGAGAGAACGAGAGAAGGAAAGAGAGAGGGAACGGGAGAGAGAGAAGGAAGCAGAGAGAUCUGCUAAAGCAUCCAGUUCUUCCCAUGAAGUUCGCAUGGGUGAACCUCAGAUGGCUGGAUCAGCUCACAUGCGAGCAUCCUUCGACCCACCUCCCACCACCAUCGCCACUGUGCCCCCAUACAUUGGCCCCGACACGCCUGCCCUGCGCACGCUCAGCGAGUACGCCCGGCCCCACGUCAUGUCCCCCACCAACCGCAACCAUCCCUUCUUUGUCUCGCUCAACCCCGCAGACCCUCUUCUGGCCUACCACAUGCCCGGGCUGUACAAUGCAGACCACGGCAUGCGUGAGCGCGAGCUGCGGGAGCGAGAGAUCCGGGAGAGGGAGAUCCGUGAGAGGGAGCUGAGAAUGGAGAGGAUGAAGCCGGGCUUUGAGGUCAAACCUCCAGAAUUGGACAGUAUGCAUCCUUCCGCCAACCACAUGGAGCACUUUGCCAGACACGGGCCCAUUGGUCUCCCGCCCAUGGCUGGCCCUCAUCCGUUUGCCUCCUUCCAUCCUGGUCUGAACCCGUUGGAGCGGGAGCGGCUGGCAUUGGCCGGCCCACAGCUACGGCCUGAGAUGACUUACCCUGAGAGACUGGCGGAGAGGCUACAUGCCGAGAGAAUGGCCUCAGUGGCUAAUGACCAGAUAGCGCGGCUACAGAUGUUCAACGUGACGCCUCACCACCAUCAGCACUCACACAUCCAUUCACACCUCCAUCUGCACCAACAGGACCCGCUGCACCAAGGUUCUGGGGCACAUCCGCUUGUAGACCCAUUGGCAGCUGGACCGCACCUAGCCCGGUUCCCCUAUCCUCCUGGAGCCAUCCCCAACCCCCUGCUCGGACAGCCCCCACAUGAACACGAGAUGCUCCGGCACCCUGUAUUCGGUGCUCCAUAUCCCAGAGAUCUGCCAGGGGGGCUUCCACCACCCAUGUCAGCAGCACACCAGCUACAGGCCAUGCAUGCACAGUCUGCAGAGUUACAGAGAUUGGCCAUGGAGCAACAGUGGCUACAUGGUCACCACCACAUGCACGGGGGCCCUCUGCCAGGACAGGAAGACUAUUACAGCCGGUUGAAGAAAGAGAGUGACAAGCAGCUGUGAGAAGCCGAGCGCUCCCAGAGAUCAGCAGGACACAGGAGAGCAUAGCAGAAGAGUCACACACAGGAACUCGUGUGUCCUUGGAACAUUUUAUGUUUGACAAACUGACAAGGAUUGUCUGAGGAACCUUUUUUUUCUGUUGUCAGCUGUUGUGAACUAUAAUGGACUUAUUUUUUUUUUUAAGACAUUGACUUUUCUUGGGGGUUAUACAGUAUAUCGUUCAAGUAGUGACAGCGUCCUCAAGACUGAUUGUGACUUUCCUGCAUGAACUCCUGAGAAGCUUUCCUGACGUUUUUGUAGGUGCUAGAAUACCAGAUACUUUGUCACUGUGCUGAUUGGGGGAAAAAGGAACAGAACAGUCAGGCCAUUAUAUAUGAAAAGUGCUAUCUUAAAUUCAAUGUUUAUUUUAAUACAUUGUAGGAGGUUUUCAUAAUGUUAAGAAAAGCUGCAGCAUGGCUUUUGUUCAGUCUGUAAAUAGUGUGUAUGUAUGUGUGUGUGUGUAUGUGUAUAUGUAUGUGUGUGUGUAUAUAUAUAUAUAUAUAUAUGUAUGUAUGUAUAUGUGUAUAUAUGUGUGUGUGUGUGUGUAUAUAUAUAUACACACACACACACACACACACACACACACACACAUAUAAUUACUAUUAUUAUUAUUAUUAGGUGUGGAUUCCUAACCAAGUUGUUAGACCUCCAAUAUAAUAGUUUCCGAAGUGUCAUCCCUUGUUUCAGAGGGGAAGGAGAUGGCACUAUUAGAGCAGGUAACCAUGUCCAAUGGUUCGGUCCAUUAAGCGGGGUUGCUGGGAGAAUGGGACCGAAUUUUAAUCCAAACACCUCUAAAGGUCGAUGCUCAGAUCAAUAAUUUUUUAUUUGUCUUGUUUGUUUGUUUGUUUGAUUUCUCAUAUAUUGACAGUGCAUUACAAACCUUCAUGACAUCAAGACCAUAUUUUUCCUUUCAUGGUUAAACUCAGAAGACUGAGUUUGAAACACUUGAAGAGGAGGUGCAGUACCUCGUGCGUACUGGGGCAAGUAGCCCUGACCAUUUAGAAAGCAAAAUAUUGCACUGAAUAACCUCAAAACUUUUAUGUUAUUAAACUCUAAUUGGCUUUUUAUAUGGUAGUGAAAUGUAUGUAAGUGCAUUUUGAAAGCCUGUAUUGUUAGUUCUGUUUUCUGUGUACCAAAGUGAAAGGCAUUCGGUUUUGCAAGAGUUGAAAAAGUGAACGAGAGUUCAUAUCUUGGCUAGUUCCUUAGUUAUAGUACUUACAGAUUGCAAAACUGAUUGUACUUUUUUGUAAUGGAACAAUAUGAGAUCUUAUUGCACAUUUCUCAAUUGUUUUUACAUCUAGUUUUACACGUUGUCAAAGGGUGCUGGAAAAGAUAGCAAUGCCCCCCACUCACCUACUUUGUGUCCAAGUUCCUACGAGCUACUUUGACAGUUUUCAGAUCUACUGUACAGAUUCAUGGAACCAUUCUCACUGUGAAACCUGGGGAAAUGGUGGCAGAGUGAUGUCAAGCUUGGAUUUGAGUCUGUGUACCUGUGUGUGCAUUUGUUCACAGUAGUGAUAACCAUGUUUUUCCAGUUGAGCUCUCUGCAUUCCUGACACUGCAUUACCUGUGAUGCAUGAAGCCUCUUUAGAUUCUUUCCAUCAUGAUGAUGGCUGUUUGAUAGCAAUCAUUGACUGUUACAUGCAGUAUUUGUUUUCUUUCAUAUCUAUCAGAAUAUUCUUUAUUUCAAUUUACAGAUGCUUAACGUUCGUUUUACCUCUGGUGAGAUUCUCUGUUGCUGGAAAUUGGGCUUUUUGGGUCUGACAGUUCAAAGUACAGUAAUAGUAUUUUAAUGUUUUUGUUUUUUUUAUCAGGUUUUUAAAAAGCCGUUCUGCAUCCUUAAAGAAAAUCCAUAGGACCUUAAACAUACUUUAACAGUGUAAGCCCAAAGUUGAAAUUGGACUGUCAUCUAUAUUUUUGUCUCGAUGUAUACAGCAUUUUUUUUUUUUUUUUUAAGCAUUUUCUCAUUUAUGUCCCUCUUUUGUGUCUUAAACCUUUGAUGUUGAGUGUUGUCAAUGGUUUAGCUUCUUGUUUCAAAGCGGCAAUAGCAGAAUGUACAUUCUGACUGCUAAGAUUUAUAUAUACUGGUAUACUGAAGCUUAUUGUAUAUAUUAGUAGUCACCAUGGGAUGACACAGUGUAAACAAAAAGUAGAGAUAAUUAAGGCAAAUUGUGAGUCCUGUGUUCUCCACAUUUAAGUAUUUUGUAAUUAUUAUUAUUAUUAUUAUAUAUAUAUUUUUUUUUUUUUUUUUUUUUUUUUUAAUUUGUGGAAUUAAAAUAAAACUAAGUUACACCACAUGGAAACUUCUAUUUCUAGUUAAUAUCACUUUUUGUUAUGACAUUUACAAAUUUUCAUGCUGACAAAAAUACUAGUUUGUGUUUUUCUUAAGUCUUUUCAUGCAAUUCUUAAUUCUAGUCCUGAACUAAAAAGUGGCUUGACUUGAUUUACCCUUAUAAAUGCAGAUUUAAAAGAGUGUAAAGAUUUACACUCACAAUAGCAUCAGUGUAUUGUGAUGACCAUAUCAAUACUAGCAUAUACUGUACACUGGUCUCAAGUAAUAUUGUUGUCCAUAAUUCUACAAGCAUAUAUUCUUGUAAAUGUGCUCAGAGUGAAUUCUCAGAAUAGGACAAGCAACAAUAAAUGGCACAAAAAUGAUCUAAUUUUAAUAACUACAUCUUAAUAUUUGGGAAUCCAACUAUUCAGAACAAUAUGGGGAUUCUCAUGUUAUACUUUAUUUCAUAACUGAUGAACUCUCCUAACAAAUCACUCAAAAGUCAGUAAUUGACUGGAUUUUAAUUUUUCAAUGUUUUUCACUCACUAAAAAUGUUUUCUCUCCCAAUUUGUGAUUUAUGUAAUUUAUUUAUUGUGCUCAUAAUGCAGGGCUUACCG